GAAAAACAAAGCACAUCUCUUCUCUUCAAGAUACAGGGUCAUAUCAUCGGACGUCUUUCAGACCUGCCUCAGAGAAGAUGUUAAAAUCACUGACAGUAAAAUUCAACAAAGUGAAUCCCAUGGAAGGGAGGAUAGAGAAGAAACUCUGCCCUGACCUGGGUAGAUCUCAGCCAACCAUAGCACAGGGAGACAACCAAAGUGAAAAAGAACCUCUGAGGAGCAGGACACCAAUCACCGUUGAAAAAUCACACAGCAAAGAAGACAACGGCACUGGGGAAAACUCUCUCAGAGGUUUCACCACAAAUCCUGACCCUGAAUGUCCAGCAGAACUCACUGGAGCAAUGACAGAGACGGAGAAAACUGGGGCUGGGAAAGAAGAGCCAGUCAGCUUUAAGACCAAAGUGCUUGAAACCUCAAUUAUAAAUGAAUAUACUGAUGCCCACCUACACAACCUAGUGGAAAGAAUGCGUGAGAGGACUGCUCUCUACAAGAAAACACUGAUGGAGGAAGAGAACUCCCCUGAAGCAGAAGCCAGCUCUCAGACUGCAAUAUCUACAGAUACAUCACCAAAACAAGAGAACAAUUCUAAGCUAAAAGAACACCAAGACACGUUGUCUUUCAAACUCCAGAGAGUACCAGUAAAAGAGUACCUCAGAAGAAUGAGACUUCCCAGAAGCAUAGAUUCCUACACAGAUCGGGUCUAUCUCCUCUGGCUCCUGCUUGUCACCAUUGCAUAUAACUGGAACUGUUGGCUGCUACCAGUGCGCCUUGUCUUUCCAUGCCAAACACCAGACAACAGGAACUACUGGAUUAUUACUGACAUCAUAUGUGAUAUCAUCUACCUUGGUGAUAUUCUAUUGAUCCAGCCAAGACUCCAAUUUGUAAGAGGAGGAGAAAUUAUUGUAGAUUCAAACGAACUGAAGAGGAACUACAGGAGUUCUACAAAGUUUCAGACGGAUGUGGCAUCUCUACUGCCAUUCGAAGUUCUCUACAUCUUCUUUGGAGUUAAUCCAAUAUUCAGAGCAAAUCGGAUAUUAAAGUACACUUCAUUCUUUGAGUUUAACCAUCGCCUUGAGUCUAGAAUGGACAAAGCAUAUGUCUACAGAGUCAUCCGAACAACGGGCUAUUUGCUGUUCCUCCUGCACAUUAAUGCCUGCGUUUAUUACUGGGCUUCAGACUAUGAAGGGAUUGGCUCAACUAAAUGGGUCUAUAAUGGUGAAGGCAACAAGUAUCUGCGAUGCUUUUAUUGGGCAGUUCGAACUUUAAUUACUAUCGGGGGCCUUCCAGAGCCACAGACUUCAUUUGAAAUUGUUUUCCAAUUCUUGAAUUUUUUCUCUGGGGUUUUUGUGUUUUCCAGCUUAAUUGGUCAGAUGCGUGAUGUAAUUGGGGCAGCAACAGCCAAUCGGAACAACUUCCAAGCCUGCAUGGACCAUAUCAUUGCCUACAUGAACAAAUACUCUAUUCCUCAGAGUGUGCAGUCUCGAGUUCGGACUUGGCUGGACUACACAUGGAACUCGCAAAGAAUCCUAGAUGAGUCCAACUUGCUUGAGAACCUCCCGACAGCAAUGCAGUUGUCUAUUGCCCUCGACAUAAACCUCAGUAUCAUCGACAAGGUAGAGUUAUUCAAGGGCUGUGACACACAGAUGAUUUAUGACCUGCUGCUAAGAUUGAAAUCCACUAUUUAUUUACCUGGUGACUUUGUCUGCAAAAAGGGAGAAAUUGGAAAAGAAAUGUACAUCAUCAAACAUGGAGAAGUCCAAGUCCUUGGAGGCCCUGAUGGUGCUCAAGUUCUGGUUACUCUGAAAGCUGGGGCAGUGUUUGGAGAAAUAAGCCUUCUGGCAAAAGGAGGAGGGAACCGCCGGACGGCUGAUGUGGUGGCCCAUGGGUUUGCCAAUCUUUUAACUCUGGACAAAAAGACUCUCCAAGAAAUUCUGCUGCAUUAUCCAACUUCUAAAAAGCUCCUCAUGAAGAAAGCCAAAGUUCUUUUACGCCAGAAGGGAAACACCACACAGGCAAUCCCUCCAAGUUCAAGACCUGCCUUUCUUUUCCCACCAAAAGAAGAGACACCCCGCAUGCUUAAAGUUCUCCUGGGAAACACAGGAAAGGUGGACCUUGGAAGACUCCUUAAAGGAAAGAGAAAAGCGACCACUCAGAAAUAAAGGUGAAAGUUCCAAAGGAAGAGGAAAAGAAUAUGGAGACAAAAGAACAGAGCUACCAGAAAAAGAAGAAAAAAACCCAACCACUGGACAGGUCCAAAGGCACACUAAUCUAUUACAGUAGAGGAAAUGCCCCAGUCAAUUAAAAAGGCAGUUUUUCCCAAGGGACGUGCCUGUCAAUGGAUCAUCAGCAACAUGGCUCCUGCUACCGAGACCCGGGAAGAGAUUCCGACUAUCAAGGUCAAGGCAAGGGCUAAGCAAUAAGUGUUUGAUUAUCUUUAAAUGUAAUCUAGCUCAUCCCCAAAGAGAUUCCUGGAAAUUGUAGCUUAAAUUAAUGAGGGAAACGAACCUCACUGGGACCCUGGGAAACUGCAGGCAAAUCCUUAGCUCUAUUUCCAGGAGUUGGGUUCAUCAAUAAGACUGUUAAACAACCAUCUUCUGACCCACUGUCAGCAGAUUUGAACUGUCUGCAGUAGAUAAUUUCUCUUCUUUCCUGAUGACAUCUCCUUGUUCCACUUUGGUAAACUUGAUUUUUAUGCUACUGUGAUUCACUGUCCUUCCUGCUUACAUUUUUGUGGUAUUAUACAAUUUCUGGCAAAGCACUUUGGUCAAAUGUCCAGAGUAGACUCUUAUCUUACUUCUUAUGAAUAGUGAAACGGUGUGAAAGUUUUAAUAAAAUAGGUCAUACAUUCAAGUGGUUUCUACUUAAAUGAGGGUGUUGAGUUACUAAAUCUAGCACCUGACAUUGACACAGGGUGACGUCAUGAAUGAGAACUCUGAUUUUUCACUCAAGGUCAAUGUCAGUUAGCAAGAAUAGCAAGCUUAUAGACAAAAGACCAAAUCAAAAGCAAAGCUCCCUCACUAACAACUGUGCCCCAGCCACUGAGAGCCUCAUCCCUGUGACGUACAACAUCUUACGGGAAUAAGAUAUCCCGUAAGAUAUACGGACGGAUGAUAUCCUUUUCAAUCAGACCAUUGCAAAAAAAAAAAAAAAAAAAAAACUUGAUCCAAAACACAUUAUAAUUUAACGAAAUAGUGAGGCUUUCACCUGUUUAUCCAGAAUAAUAAGAUAGCACAUGAGGUAAGAUAUAAGUCCUCUUUAACUAUUAUAAAAAGAAGUCUCACUCCCUCAGAGAGUCACAGCCCCUUUGCAUUGUAAGAAACUGUCAUGUGGACUUUAUAUUCCCUUCACAGAUUACUUGUGUUUGCCUGUGUCACUCGCCUUGCAGAUGCUACUUGACAUGGCAAACCCUGUUGGCAGCAUCCCACGGUGGCAAAAAUCAGAUUGCAGCAGCGUGCUGAAGGAAGUGAGCACCUUUGCC